AUGGUAGCCCAACCAUGGACCCUGCUCUGCAGCCUGCUGCUAUCGUUUUUGGCCUGGACGACUGACGGUUUUACCCAUCAAUUGCAAGUAGUUUCAAAGAAUGCCAUUCGAAUGGCAUCUUCCACAGAAAUUGCCUCUAAUGAUUCGUCACCAACAGGUGACAAUGGGAUGUUGAAAAUAAGUGUGGCGUUGACUCGGGAACAAGGCAAAAACAACAAACUGCAAAAAGCACUGGACGAGCAUCAAGGCAUUGAAAUGAUGCCAAUGAGCCUGAAUGCCAUGGAAAUGCCGUGUAUUGAACAUGCCCCAGGGGAUGAUCAGAGCACUCUGGUCGAUAUACUAUCAACCGACAAGAUCCAGGAAUACGAUUAUGUCGUCAUUACGUCUCCAGAAGCAGCCCGGGUAUUGGCGGCAUCGAUUCAAGAAAGCACUGCUGAUCGAUUGGGUGAUGAUGUCCAGGUGGCAGCCGUUGGAAAGGCGACGGCCAAGACUUUGGAAAAAUUGGGUCUCUCGGUAGACUUUGUGCCCAGUCAAGCAACAGGAGAGACAUUGGCAUCCGAACUACCGCCAAUAGGCGACAACAACAAUAAUGAUGGUCCUACCAGGAUUCUCUAUCCUGCCUCGGCUAAGGCCAAGAAUGACAUUCAAGAGGGAUUAAUGGCCAGAAAUACCAAUGACACUGUCAUAUUUGAAUUUACCCGACUCAACACGUACGAUACCGUUUCGGCCACUUUCAAUGACGAACAGUUGUCGCUGAUUGAUGACAUUGAUGUGGUUUGCUUUGGGUCUCCGUCUUCUGUGACAGCUUGGUUGGACAAUGUCGAUCGAGCCCGAGGCUUUACGGAACUUUCGGACGAAGAAAAGCGAAUGAUGGGUCCUGAUGGCAAUGGCAACGUUCUGGCUGCCUGUAUCGGAACAACUUCGGCGAGAGCUUGUUUGGAAUCGGGAAGAUGGCACGCCGCGGAUAUCUACUACCCAAAAGUCGAUCCAGGAGUUGAAAACUGGGCUUGGUCCACUGCACAGGCCGUGGGAGAUGUUGUAGAACGAAAGUUUUGGGAGGAAAGCUAUGCCGAUUGA